UCACCUAUCAGCCUCAAAAACGAACAAGCAGACAUAUGCAACAGCAGCCAGUGGUAGCUGUUCCUCUUGUUAUGCCAGUGAACAGAAGGAAAGAGGAUGAGCUAUCUGUUGGAAGUGCACCCUUGCUAAAGCAGCAGUCAUAUCAGGCCUCUGAAUAUGCCAGCAGCCCUGUAAAACCAAAAACAGUAACAGAAUCUAGGCCAUUGUCAAUACCUGUGAAAGCCAUGUUGAAUAUGCCUGAAGGUUGCAGAAGUCCUGAAGAAAGAAUGAAAGAAUUUAUUGGAAUAGUAUGGAAUGCAGUGAAGAGUCUUACACUCCAGCACUUAAUUUUUGUUACGUGUCAUGCUGGAGUUAAGGAGACAAACUUGAAGUACAGUGUUGUUGUGUGUUCAUUCCCAAUGAUAGCCUGCCUUCUCCAAGUACAAUUGUAUCUGGUGACAUUCCUGGAACAGUAAGAAGUUGGUACCAUAGUCAAACCAGCAUACCAGGAACAGUUGUCCUCUGUUUGCCACAAAUAAAGAUUAUUAGUGCUGGUCACAAGUACAUGGAACCUCUGCAGGAAAUUCCUUUUGUCAUCCCAAAACCCAUCCUUGAGGAAGGUACAUUAAAAUUAUUUUUCCUAUGAUUAAUAUUCUGAUGUUUUUUAUAUAUGCCCAUAUACAUGUAAAUCAUUUCUCACUGAAA